AGCUGAGUGCCCGAAUACAACAUGAACCUCUCUUGAAAUAGAACUCGCUCGAAGAUACAACUCAGUCUAAGCAUAAUUUUAGUAUCUCUCACGAUUUUUAGUUUUCUAUCUCUCAUAUUACGGAUAAGACGUUGGAGACUCGCCUCGCUAAAGUGCCGGCUGUUGUUAUAAGAUUCAGAGGCUAGUGUUCAAUUGUGGAGACUUCUGUGUAGUUUGAACUCGAGUGCUAUCAAUUUAUCAUUUCUCCCUUAUUGUCGUCAGUCAUGAGUACCAAUGUGAGUAUGUACGCUCCAGCUUCUGGAAUUAACGACCAACAGGACAAUGGACUGGACAGGUAUUACACGGUCGAUAUGAGAUCAGAUACUUUGAGUACGCCUACGGAUGAAAUGCGACAAGCUAUGGCCAAUGCAAUUGUCGGUGACGAUGUUUAUGGCGAGGAUCCAACAGUGAACGAGCUGGAAAGGAGAUCGGCCGAGCUCCUUGGCAAGGAGGCUGCUUUAUUCGUAACCAGUGGAACUAUGGGCAACCUAAUAGCAACGAUGGUACACUGCAACCGGCGUGGGACGGAAGCAAUUGUCGGCGACUUGUCUCAUGUGUUCUUAUAUGAACAAGGUUCUGCUGCUCAAUUAGGUGGGGUGCAAUUAUCAACACUUCCCAACCGUCCUGAUGGAACCUUCUGCCUAAAACAGCUUGUCCGAAAGAUCCGAGGCUUCGAUUUACACGAGCCCAUUACAUCGCUGGUGGUUGUGGAGAACACUCACAAUAUGUGUGGCGGGAGAGUGGUACCACUCGACUGGCUUGAGCGACUUGCCAAAGUGUGCAAAGAGCACUCCUUGAAAAUGCAUAUGGAUGGAGCUCGAGUAUUUAAUGCAGCUCAAGUGCUUAAUGUACCUGUCGCGCGGAUCGUUAAGGAUUUCGAUUCUGUAUGUUUUUGCCUAAGUAAAGGACUUUCAUCUCCGGUCGGUUCGAUUUUAGCAGGAUCCAAGGAUUUUAUCACUCAGGCUCGACGUAUGCGAAAAGCACUUGGAGGUGGUAUGCGCCAGGUUGGAGUGUUAGCUGCAGCAGGAAUCGUUUCACUUGAGAAGAUUGUUCCACGCUUGGGCGAGGACCAUAAAAAUAUCCUGGAUAUUGCGAAAGCAAUCAACAGUGCAGGCAGCCCAAAUAUCAACGUUGAUUUGGCAACUACUGAGACUAACAUCCUCCUCGUCCGCAUUAACAAUAGCAAGAUCACAUCAGAUGAUCUUCAGAAACGUCUAUUAUCAGUAACUGAACAAGAAAUCAAAGAUAAUAUAACAGACGAUCAGGGUCGUGGCAUUAUUGUGAAAGUUAGCGCCAGAGAUUGGAGUUUUGCUCGUAUAGUAUCUUAUCAUCAAAUCACACCGAAGGACGUUGAAAUGGCAAUUAAAAAGAUACUGUAUGUGAUAAAGGAAUAUGAUGCUAAGUUUCAAUAAAGAUUUUUUGGAUUAGUAUCCUACAAAUUCAUUUCACUUA